AGAGAGAGAGGAGUGAAGGGACGCUACCCUAUACCAGCUGCAUUCUCCCGUAUCUACUGCCAUGACGGAGGGAGAGAGACUGGCGUUUAGGUUUGCUCGCCUGUCGAGGGAAACGAUCUAGGAGAAACGGAAACGUCAGUCGCGGAGUUGAGGAGGGUGCGAGAACCCGAGCGAAACCUCGAGUGUUAGCGGUCCUCUCGGUGCAAGUAAAUCGCGGUAUUCUGGAACGGUGCGAGGUCCCGCUUCAACCUCAACAACGGCACUGGACUGAAGAUGCGAGCAGAACUUCAGUUUCUCGUUGAAGUCUACUGCAGUUCAAGUUCAAGUUCAUCCUGCACAGUACGUAUGUUAUCAUAUACUGUGCUGUUCCCGUGCCGCUGCCGGUCGAUGUCGAUCCCGACGGCAGUUGCUGCUCACGGAAGCAGACAUGACUGGCCUAAAUUCUCCGAGCUGCAACGGCACGCUUCGACUUCAACCGAACUCAUUCCAGUGCACCUGCACGUUCUCCUCCUUAGCAGAUGUUCCUACACGGCCAAUUUACCUGGAACGAUGCGCCAUCGCAGUCAAUGGCAUUCUUCCGGGCACAGGUCAAUUGGGCUGGAUCCAAGGUUCAAUACGGGAUGUUGUGUGGCUCUUUCAGGACUUGAGGUAUUCUGGCCAAAAUGGCGUCUGGGAGAUAUGUACUCUGCCCGUGUGCCGAGGUUGCCAUACUCGCACCGCAAGCAAGUGCACGGUUCUUUCCUCUGCCGACAUCAUCGCUCCGUCGCGAUUCCUCAUAUCGUCCACGUGAGACAGUGCCGCAAACCUUCUAAGAUGGCUCUCUCUGGUUUCUGCUUGCUGUUCCUGCACCAGUUCCUGGUCCUUGGUGCUGGCCUGGCUCGUUUGUCCUUAUAUCCCUGUUUUGCACACACAGCACAUGGCAAGCUCGACCGGAUAGACUCUCGCACGGUGCCCGGAUCGCCACCAUCAGGUCACUGCUGCGCGCCUUGCCUAGUGGAAACCAUCACCAUCUUAACUCUGCACUAGCCAACUGCUUCCUCCUAUUACGGUAUGGAGGGUGGACGAAAUGGCCCGUCGCUUGCUUGACCACUCCCUCUAGUCGACAAUGGCAUCUCACAUGUUCCAUCUUCGAACGCCACACCUGCCCUUCUCUGAUCCAGGACGAACCACUGGACACUCUGGCUCA